AUGGAGAAACUCUUGGAUCUUUUAUCAGAGAAAACCAGCAUUCCAAAAAACCACGAAACAACCCAUGAAUGCUCUGAGUGUGGGAAAUCCUUUGCUCACGGGUCCCUCCUUUUGACCCACAGGAAGAUCCAUGUGGGAAGUGGAUCCAUUCAAAGUUUGGGAAGUGGAUCCAUUCAAAGUUUGGAAGGUGAGAAAUCUUUCUCUGGAACAGAUGCCAAAGAUCUCAGAAUCCCUCCAAGACUAAAACCUUAUAAAUGUGGGGAAUGUGACUUAUGCUUUGAUCGAAAGUCAGAACUUCUUAAACAUCAAAAAAUCCACACUGGUGAGAAACCUUAUCAAUGUCUGGAAUGUGGGAAAAGUUUCCCUAAAAAAGCCAAUCUCAGAAACCAUGAGAGAAUUCACACAGGGGAGAAAAACGAAAAGUGCCUCGAAUGCGGGAAAUGUUUUACCUGGAAAUCAAACCUGGUGCAACAUCAGAGACUUCACACUGGAGAGAGACCCUAUGAAUGCCCAGAAUGUGAGAGACGAUUUGUAAAUUCUUCUGAACUUCAGAGGCACCAGAAGAGGCACAAAGGAGAGAAACCCUAUACAUGUGGGGAGUGUGGGAAAAGUUUUCUUACUCCAAGAGAGGUUCAGAAACAUGAGAGAAUCCACACAGGGGAGAAGCCAUUCAAAUGUGGGGAGUGUGGGAAAUGCUUUUCCGAAAAACACAACCUUGGAAGGCAUCAGAGGGUCCACACAGGAGAGAAGCCAUACAGAUGCAGAGAAUGUGGAAAAUGCUUUGCUCAAAAUGGAGAUCUUUGGAGUCAUCAUAAAACCCACACUGGGGAGAAGCCAUAUCAAUGCAACGAAUGUGGGCAAUUUUACCGUACCACAUCAAGCCUUCGAAGUCAUGUUAAAAUUCACACGGGGGAAAAAAAUUACAAAUGUAUAGACUGUGGGAGAACAUUUGGUAAGUCCUCUUCGCUUAAAAGUCACAGCCGAAUCCAUACAGGAGAGAAGCCCCAUAAAUGCUCAGAGUGCAAUAAAUGUUUUUCUCAGAAAAGUACUCUUGUAAUACAUCGACGAAUCCACACUGGAGAAAAACCGUAUAAAUGUUCGGACUGUGGGAAAUGUUUUGCCCAACCUGCAGCAUUUCACAGGCACACCCGAAGUCACACAGGAGAGUGAUCUUACAAGUGUGCAAAGGGUGAGAAAACUU